CAUACGACGUCAUACAAUUGUCAAUGACGUCGAAUAAUUGUUAAUAUAGCCAUAUAGCAGCACCAACUCAACGGUGCCAGAUCAUCAGUUUGUUAAGUCAGUUAAGACUAUUAAAUAUGAAAUGAAUGGUCAAAACUAAGUAUCAUCCACAAGAAUGCAUUCGAACAAGCUGCAGAAAUUGCUAAACACUAAACUCUACCGUGGACUGUGCACGGAGGUGAUUUUGGAAUCGCCAUGCUUCCAGCUCGGUCCCACCGGAGAAAUCGUACGUCACGUUCACAUUGGCGUAACCAAUAGAGAAUUUCUCAUUGCGCAACAGAAAAUCCGUGACGUGAGGCGGCAUCCCGAUAUCAUGAGUCACCCUAACAUUGACCUGGAUCUAGAAGGGUUCGAGCUGAUAUCCGGUCUGCCUCUUGCCUGCUGCCACUUCUCCCUGUGGGAUGAUCGCUCGUACAGGUUCGUCAUUUGCACAGACAUGGGCAGCUCGUACUACUUCGAGAUGUGCAAUGUCACCGAUGGCUCUGAUGCUUUGUGGGCUGCUUGGCGGGCAUACAUCGCUAGCAGAGGAGACCGCUUCACAGAUUUUGGUUACAAAUCGUGGCAGAUAUACCCAAGCGACAACAAGUCCCAGGUGGACUAUUCUAAUGUCAAGUUUCUGAAAAGACCAGCAGUCAUGUGUUUGGUGGAAUCAGUCGGUACACAAGCUUGUGAGGAAUUUGAUUAUUUUCGCGAAAAUAGAAAAUACUCAAUAAGCGCAAACUGUGACUAUCUCGCAUUCGGAUAUCCCGAAGGAAUACUAAACACUUUGGAAGGCGGUUCUCUUUUGGAAAUGACAUCACAUCUGUACAUGUCAAUACCCGAACUGCAGCUCCUUGGGAAAUCACGUCGCAUAAUGCAGGUUGCUUCCGACAUAUCCCUACGUGGAAAUAAAGAUGGCAGAUUUGAACAAAGCGCAAGCACGGUAAUAGGCAGCAAAUCUGAAAGUGAUCUCAUAGAUUACCAUAGAAAUGCAGGUACACUUGCUGAGAGCUGGAAGAAGCGAAUAUUUUACAUGCUCCUGCAGACUAGCUCCGACAGUGCCACUAAUCGGUUAUCUAUUUUGUUUCCCAACUGGUGCCUCUCCGCAGGUAUGCUUGAAGAAUAUACCAAGAUCUGGAGUGCCCAGUUAAAACUGAAUCCUAAAGGAACAUAUUUAAGACCAGUAGAAAGUUUAUCACUGGACUGUUUUGAACCCAUAAUAGACCAAGUGGAAGGCAAUAUAGAGACAAAAUCUUCUGGGAAGCGCCGACGCUGGCGUCAUCUUGCUGAGAAGAGACGGAAACGGCUGCAGCUUAAACGUGUCCUCUCUGAUCGAGUGUUGGGUGUCUUUAGAACACGUCCACCAAGAAGAACAAACUUACAGUUGGAAAAUUUUACCAGUAGCCAGAUUGCAGAUGAACUCAACUUAAUGGCGGCUGAAUUUGUUUUGGGUGUUACAGAAGAGGAUGUGAUGGAUUAUCAGUCAGGCACCAAUCUGCAUGAUCUAAAAAGACUGAAGACUUUGCAAGAUUAUUCCACAGAUGUUGUCAAGUUCAUCAGCAAGGAAAUAUUUUCUGUGGAAACACCAUAUAACCAGUCCAGGAUGAUUAGAUACUAUCUAAAGGUCGCAGAACAUUGUUAUAAUUCACAAAAUCUGCUCACGCUGGCAUCGAUUCUCAAGAGUCUCUACUCACUGCCUGUGUCACGACUCGCCGACACUUGGGAAAUCUUCAGAAAGCAGUAUGAGGAUUCAGACCGGACGUUCAAAGAAGCAACACAAUUAUUUAAUCCAUGUAAUAAUUUCAAAGCCUAUGCUCUUGAGUAUGCAAAGAUAAGUGCAGCAGACCAGCCAUUUUUGCCUUGGUUUGACCAUUUCCUUUGGCAUUCAUAUCACGUAUUUCCAAAAGGUUCAGCAUCAGGUGAAAAUAUAAGCAAAGCAUUGUCAGCUGACAUUAAACGACAGCUCUCUGAAACAGAGGUGAUGAAAUCUGGGAUCUCAAGAAGUUUUAACACAUUAUUUUGCUGCAUUUCUGUUCCUGAUUCAGACAAUAAAAGAUCCUACACUCUCAUCAAAGACUCAAAUGAUUGUAAUCGCCAUAAAGUUGUACGCAAGUCAAGCUCAAAGAAAGUCACUUUUUGCAAAGGUAAACUUGACCCCAAACUGAUGUGUGACAAACAGCCAGUGAAUGGGUACAUUUCUGGAAUGAUAUCCGACUCAGAAGAUGAUAAAUCUGAUCCUUUGCUUAUGACGGCAAUGUUAGCAGAUACAGAAACCUACAGUACAGAUCCGAGUAUUGAUGGUGUUGAACUAACAUGCCAUGGUUUAGGCAGACAGUUUUUGAAAGGAGAAUCUGCCAUUAAUUGUAUGCCUAGAGGAAAGAAAAGGUACAAUCGACCAACAAGUGUGUUACAUCCUUUGAAUAUUGACACAGAAUUCCAAGAAGUGUCAUUGGAUGAUUCCGAUGAUGAAAUGGACAACAUCGUCCGGCAGACAGUGAAUGGCAAUAACAUGCAGAACCACAAAAGGAGGUUACCCACUCCUCGUGGGCCAGUGAAAGAGAAAGAAAAAGAGAAAGAAAAGGAGAAAGAAAGAAGAAAACCCUUGGCAACCAAAGUUGAUGACAUGUCUGCAUGUUCUGUUGGUAUGAAACAAGAGGAUGUCACAUCAACAAGUAAGUCAGAUAGUUCCAGCUUAAGGAAACUGCCACUGUCAAAGUCAGAAGAGAAGCAGCUAGGAGAAAAGAAAAAUGAAGCUGCUGAGAAUGCUGCUCAAACAUCAAAAAGCAGUCCCACAGUUUCAAAGAGGAACGAAAAUGACCAACACAGAAAAUCACGUACCGCAGUUACCUCACAUCCUCCACAUUGUCAGGCUGACAUCAUUCAAGAAGGUUCCAGUCCAGCAAAUGAAGACAAGCCUACCAGUCCUGAUUCUGAAGCCACAGAGCCAUUUGCCAGCCCCGUUGUGAAGUGCAAUGUCUGUCAUCGUGAGGCAUGCCUGUAUGAAGGAGACGUAGCUUGGGAGCUGCUGCAUAUGCAGCUGGCUGCUAUCAAGUACAUACAUCCGUCUAACACUGCUGUAAGAGAGUACAUCACCAGGUCGACACCAACAUGUUAUCAACUCCUGCAGAUGUCACUAAGGCAUAAACCAAUACAAAGAAACAAUGGGAGUAGAAUGAAGAAAUGAAAACAUUAUGGAGAUAUCUUCCUUUGGUUUUUGAAUUUAAACGUGUAUGGUUUAUAGAUGUACAUAUUGGUUUAGUGUUUUAAGGCAUGUUCAAAAUUUGAAGAAAUUAAUUUUAUUGUAGAAUAUCAUAUGGUACUUUGUUUUUUAAUUUAAAUUUGUUUGGUUUAAAUUUAUUGCAAAUUAUUAAAUAUACAUGACAGUUUAGGAAAGAUACACACGACUAAGGGAUAAAUACAUUUUUUAAAUUUGGCUGAUCUUAAUUUUUUGUGUCAUUAAAUUGGUAUGGUUUUAAGUUCAUAGAGGCACAUGUUAGGUUUAGUGUUCUGAAGCAUGUUCAAGGUGUACAUGCUACGUAAUAUUGUGAAUGAAGUUGGUGUAUUAUGAUCUAGUAGGUGUAUAAUAUGAUUGUUAUGAAACAUGCAAGAGUUCAUAUUGUUUGAGGUACUGUUACAUUAUUAUUUAAAAUUGAUGUAGCACUGUUAAAUUUAUGCAUGUACUUUUUCAGUUCAGAGAUAAACACAAAGGAUCUUUAUUUAGCAAUCUGAGCCCGGUUUCACAAAACAUCAUAAGCCUAGCUUUGCAUGUAAUUGUAAAUCUAUUACUAAUCCACAAGUCCUAUUACUACUAACGUACUGUACUACUAUAUUUUGAAGUGUGCAUAUUUUAUUUUAUUUUGUACUUAAAAUGCUCCAUCUUCUGUAAUAAUGUAAUUUUUCUGCAUGAAACAGAUGCCAAACACAGGUAAACAUAUGACCAGUAUAAUUGCUAAGAUCCACUGUUACUGUACAUAUAGCUGAAUGAUCUGGCAUCCGUUAUGUAUUACUAAAUUGGUGUGUUACUGGUUUGUAGGUGUAUUUUAAUUGUUGUAAAUUUGUGGUAAUGUUAAAAUUGUAUUUAAACACUGGUGUUUGUUCAGAUGUACAUGUACUGUAUGGUUUAUAUUUUAGCACUUUGAUAGUUACAUGAUAUCUAGUGUUACGCAGUUUAUGAGAAAAUAUGGUUUGAAAUAUGCAAUUAAUAUUUUUUAAACAAGAAAUGUGUUUAUGUGAUUGUAAUUUUGGUGUUUGAUUUUUAUUAUUUUAUAUAUUUAACUUUUGAAAUUGGUGUGACAGUUUAAUAAUUAUAUUUAGUGAUAAAAUGAGUUUGUAAUUGAUAAUAAAUGUUUAAAUGUGAGAUGUGAUUUGAAAAGAAAUAAGACAAGCACAGCUUGAACCUUUCUAAAUUAGAAAUGUUUCUGUUCUUAUCAUUUUGAUGUUGAAUUUUUUAUUUUAAAUAUUUCACUUUUAAAAAGUGUUUCUGGUUCCUAAUUUUAUUUUAUUUUGUUUAUCUAAUGUAACUGUUUCUUUGUGUAACAUGUGGUUUUGAUAGCAAGAUUAACGUGUGUUAAAUGGAUUUGAGAACAAAUGUUCUGCUUAGAUUUUUCACUUUUUUAAAAUCCAAUUUAUCAGGUUUUAAAAUAUUUAAAAAAAACUUUGAUUCUUUUUCUUUUUAACAAUAUAAGAUUAUGAAAAUAAAAAAUUGACAGUGUUAACUGUCGGAAAUUUUAAAUUACAGCAAUAUUUUAUGUAUGGUAUAAUCUUCAUGAUAUAAUGCAAGUAUUACAAGUUGUAAAAUGGAGGGAGAGAUGAAUGUUUGCAUAAUACUGUUCUAAUUUAAAGUUUUUCGUAAGUCUUUUUGCCAUACUUAAAAACAAUCAGAAGGUUUUUUUUAAAUGUAUUAAUUAAAAAUGUUCUUAGAAAAAAAAAUCUUUGCAAUAAUUCAAAACAUUAAAAAAAUAUGGGUUUUUUUUUUCAUUUUAACAUUGUUAUAUUAAAAUGUUUUAGAUGAAAAUAGAGGAGAAUCAAAGGUUUUUUAAAAAAUCUUAAAAUUUAAAAUUUGCUUUAAAAGGUUUAUUUAAAAAAAUGUUUUUAUGUUUAAUUUAUUUUAUUAUAUUUUUUUUUUUUUUGUGUUUUAGAUAAAAAGUAGAAGAGAGAAUCAGACUUAAAAAAUCUAAUUUCAAAUUUGCUAUAAAAAGUUUUGCAGGAUUUCAAAAAUUCAUGAUAAAAUUUUUCUAAAGUUUUCUCUUUUCUUUUUUCCAUAAUUUUAUAUUCAUUCUUAGAGUGAUUUAGAUGGAUUUAAUGAUGGAAAAUCCUGUAAGAUUUUCUAAAAAGAGUCAUUUUAUUAUUUUACUAUAUGAAAUUAAACAGUUUUCAAUGAAAAUGCUAAAGGUGGAAUAAUUUACCGACCCCAAUAUUAUAAUACUGCUGAUGUAAUCCCUAUGUAUUAUAAUGGCAUUACAUUUUUAGCUUUGUUUAGCUUUGCUUAUCAUUCAUUUAAAAUAUUUCUUAUUUGUGAGAAUUAUAUGUACAAUUCAAUAAAGCAGUGGGUAUUAAACUUUAUUGAAAAAA